CGCAUCUUUACUGGGCCAGAUGGUAAAACGUACAGGUGGAGCCUUCGGAGCACGAAUUGUACGGAAGAAGGGUCUGACCUCGAACUCGCCAAGUAUCACCGACGAAACCUUGGCAUUAUGUCGCCGUCGCAUGCACCGUAUCUGGAAGUGUCGCCUUCUGUAUCCCACAUGCUGGAUUACGUCGUUAUUACAUUUGUUUAUGCAGAGAAGCUGAGUCAGGAUAAGAAGAGGGCCGCU